AUGAGUAGUGUGAGCAGGCCGACCGUGCACCCAGUGGAGGCCCCACCAUUGACAGAUGGCCCACAGAAUGCGCUGAUCAGAGUGAGAAUGAAGGACGUUCAAGGGAUGCCUGGAACCCGUGGUAGCCUCUCUCUGAGACUGACCCAGUUCGUGUUUGGUCUUGUUUCUGUCUGUGUCAUGGCCACCACCUCUGACUUCCGUUCUGUCACUGCGUUUUGUUACCUUGUUAUUGCUGUUAGUGUGCAAAUCUUAUGGAGUCUAUCCCUGGCUGUUGUUGAUAUUUAUGCCCUUUUGGUGAGACGGAGCUUGCGAAAACAGGUCGUUUUUCGUCUGUUUACCAUUGGAGAUGGGAUCAUAUCCACCCUUACAUUUGCUGCUGCAUGUGCAUCUGCUGGCAUCACAGUCCUCAUUGACAACGAUCUUAAUAGAUGUUCUUUGAACCAUUGUGCUAGAUUUGAAACUGCUACUGCUAUGGCUUAUAUCAGCUGUUUUGCCAUGAUGCCAUCUUUUCUCUUGAACUUCUGGUCCCUGGCUUCCCAGUGA